AUGGGGAAAAUUGACAACACGUCUGUGGAGCUAAAUUCGCCCUCCGAGGUGAAGCAGGCAGCCAUUGAGGAAUUUGAGCCAAUCACCCAAGGAGAUGGAAGCACCAAGAAGAUGAAGGAGCUCCCAGACAGAGGUUCUUGGAAGGGCAAAUUUGACUUCCUGCUGUCCUGUGUGGGCUACGCCAUUGGGCUGGGCAAUGUCUGGCGGUUUCCAUAUCUCUGUGGCAAGAAUGGAGGAGGGGCUUUCUUGAUUCCCUAUUUUCUGACGCUGGUGUUUGCUGGGAUUCCUCUCUUCCUACUGGAGACAGCUCUCGGCCAGUAUACCUCUGUUGGCGGAUUGGGGGUCUGGAAAUUAGCGCCCAUGUUCAAAGGAGUGGGCCCAUGGCUGCCUGUGGUUCUCUCGUUCUGGCUGAAUACUAUUACAUUGUCAAUCAUUGCCUGGGCACUGUACUAUCUCUUCAUCUUUCAACUGUUGGAUCUGCCAUGGCAAAGCUGUGGUAAUGCCUGGAACACAGAGAGAUGCUUUUCCAACUACUCCCUCAAUGAUACCACCAACCUGACGAGCGCUGUGACCGAGUUCUGGGAGAGGAACAUGCACCAGAUUUCUGGUGGCCUGGGGGAGCCAGGUAACAUCCGCUGGUCCCUAGCAGGCACUCUCGCUUUAGCGUGGGUUCUGGUCUAUUUCUCCAUCUGGAAAGGAGUAGAGUGGACUGGAAAGGUUGUGUAUUUCUCAGCCACCUACCCUUACUUCAUGUUAAUUAUUCUUUUCUUCCGUGGAAUCACUCUACCAGGAGCCAAGGAGGGAAUCCUUUUUUAUAUCACACCAGACUUCAGCAAACUCUCUAAGUCUGAGGUCUGGAUGGAUGCAGCCACACAGAUCUUUUUCUCAUAUGGACUGGGGUUGGGAUCUCUGAUUGCCCUGGGAAGCUAUAACUCCUUCCAUAACAAUGUAUACAAAGACUCAAUCAUCGUCUGCUGUAUAAAUUCCACCACCAGCAUAUUUGCAGGAUUUGUCAUUUUCUCCAUUGUUGGAUUCAUGGGUCACAUCACCAAGAAGUCAAUCGCUGAGCUGGCAUCUUCAGGUCCAGGACUGGCUUUCCUCGCCUACCCACAGGUUGUCACGCAGCUGCCCAUGUCCCCUCUCUGGUCGAUUCUCUUCUUCUCCAUGUUAAUGAUGUUAGGCCUUGACAGCCAGUUCUGCACUGUGGAGGGAUUUGUCACAGCCCUGAUAGAUGAGUAUCCCUAUCUCCUCAGGGCCAGGAAGAAGCUCUUCAUUGCUAUGGUCUGUCUUAUCUCCUACAUUGUUGGAUUCUCCAACAUCACCCAGGGUGGCAUUUAUGUCUUCAAGCUGUUUGAUUAUUAUUCAGCCAGCGGCAUGUGUCUUCUCUUCCUCGUCUUCUUUGAGACCAUCUCAAUUUCGUGGUGUUACGGAGUGAACAGAUUUUACAGGAACAUUGAAGAGAUGAUUGGCUACCAACCUUGCAGCUGGUGGAAGCUCUGCUGGGCCUUCUUCACUCCCCUCGUUUGUGUGGGUGUUUUCUUCUUCAGUGUGGUUGAAAUGACCCCUCUGACUCUGGGGAAAUAUGUCUAUCCCUCAUGGGGGCAGGGCAUCGGCUGGCUCAUGGCUCUGUCUUCCAUGGUGCUGAUUCCGGGCUAUAUGCUGUACUACUUCUUCACCUCCAAGGGGACCAUCAGACAGCGUUUUCAGCAGAUGACUCAGCCCACGCAAGAGGUGAAUGUUCAGAACAAUGGACUAAAAGCGAAGACCUCACUGAAAGGGAGAGUCUCCGAUGCUGCUGUCUAG